GUUCUCCUACGGUGUGGUACAAUGGGAAUCCCAAUACCUGAACUGAGUUGGAGAAGAGCUGAUGGGAAUCAAAUUAAUGGAUCAGUUCACCAGGAAAUAUCUAGUGAUGGAAUGAGUUGGUCCAUGUUAAAUUUGCCCACCGUCUCUUACAAAGAUUCUGGAGAAUAUAUCUGCAAGGCAAAGAACAUUUUGGGAAUGACAGAAGCGUUUAUUUCAGUGUUUGUCACUGACUCCAACACAACCGAAGAGCCAAAUGACAGCGGCAAAUUUCUAUCUGCAGAAGGGAACAAUGGAAUGCAGCAUUUCAAAUUU